AUGCGUGUUUGUUUGUGCGCUUGUUUGUUUGUGCGAGUGACCGUUGUGAGCGUGAGAAUGCAAGAGAGAGUGUGAGUGAUCGUUUUAUGUUUGUAAGUCUAGCCACCAAAAAAAAAACUACACAGUGAUCUUAUUUGAUCUGGUCGGGGUUUGGCCUUGUUCCGAUUCGGAAAUGAUAAUACCCGAUAUGCGAGCCUCUGAGGCCAUGAGCAUGAAGCUUCGACUAACUUAAGGGCCUCCACAAGAAAUUGUGGUCAGAAGUGAUGACUCGAUCAGAUAUACUAGUGCCGAGGAGAUUUGUGGUUUUACCGCAUUCUCCACACCGGCCAAUGAGUAUAACAGCGAUUCUGAUCUGCCAUAAAUUCGAAAAUUGUGCCCUGGUCUAAGAAGUUGGCUGUAGUUGGCUGGCUAGCUACUAAGCUAAUGUGGGGUAGUUUGCUGGAAGUUGAGUGGGAUGUCCACUGAGUGAGUUGGUAUUAUUAAAGAGAGUAGAAUCCACAAUAGUGCUUCCUGGCAUAUCUCCUGUUGGUAGAGGUAAUGAGAUUAUGUGGAGACAAAAGAAAGGUAGGUUCUUUUCUUUGAUAACUGGUGUCCCUCAUACUUUGCCAGGCCCGGGACCCUUACCAUUAGGUCAGAACUAGGGACCCUUACUGUUAGGUCAGAACUAGGGGCCCUUACCGUUAGGUCAGAACUAGGGGCCCUUACCAUUAGUUCAGAACUAGGGGCCCUUACCGUUAGGUCAGAACUAGGGACCCUUACCAUUAGGUCAGAACUAGGGACCCUUACUGUUAGGUCAGAACUAGGGACCCUUACCAUUAGGUCAGAACUAGGGACCCUUACCGUUAGGUCAGAACUAGGGACCCUUACCAUUAGGUCAGAACUAGGGGCCCUUACCAUUAGGUCAGAACUAGGGACCCUUACCGUUAGGUCAGAACUAGGGACCCUUACCAUUAGGUCAGAACUAGGGACCCUUACCGUUAGGUCAGAACUAUGACGACACUGUUUGUUAGAAGUCCCAGUAGUUAUGGACAUGGUCAAAAAGCUCUUUAUAUACCAGUCAAAGUAAAUGACCAUAGAUAUUCCUUUCAGACUACUUGAUUAUAGCUUUGAUUUCACUAAUGCUCAUCAUCCCCUUGCCUGCCCAUCAAAGUAUUUGCUAAUACACCCCAUUAGUUAUUAUUUAUUGAACAAGUCAUCAGGACCGAGUUUGGGAAACCCUGCUCUAGACUACCGCAGCACCACAGUUGAGAGCGUUUCCCCUAGUUUUAGGCCCAUGUUUAGUGAAUUCUGACCCCUAGCCUCCUGGUUUCGUCACACUCACCCAUGGUUGUCAGUAACAGUCUCCCUCUGGUAUAAGGUCAAGUUCUUACUACCGAAGAACUCUUGGUGGUGUUCAUUUGUUGAUUUCAGAUGGAAGUCUAGGUUGUCUUUAGGUGCCUUGGAUGGGAUAGAUGAUUGUAAGUUCAUUUAUAUGUAAUUUUAUGAUGUAAAUUCUGCAUGUCUUCAGUUUCUGUAGAAUGUGCGUAUGAAUCAAUCAAGUUAAAGUUUAUAUUGUGCUAGAUACAUUUGGCUAGUAGGCUUACUUGUUUUUUCAUGUUGCCAUUUGUGUCAAGCUGAUAAUAGGACUUCAAGAGCUCGAAUAUUAGCCUACCUGCCAGUAAUGAUACAGGACAUUCCUUCUGAUGCAAGCCAGAGUUGCCAUGUCAAUCAGAUGACUCCACGGUUCGUCAUUUUAAAUUAUGCUGGAGUAUAAAUACUCCAAGCUGAUGAUGACUGCUGGAGAUAAGGAGUGUGAGCUGCCUGCUGCAGACAGCUGUGCCAUCAUGGAGGGAGAAGAUGCAGAGGAUGACCUCAUCUACCUCAUCAUGAAGUCCUUCACCAAGAUCAAGUCCUUCUCCAGAGAGAGCUCGUCAGAUGGGUUUGACUCUGAGCUAGAAGAGCACCUGAAACCUCCUUCAACCUCUGGAUGGAGGAACACAUACAGUGAGGGAAAAAAGUAUUUGAUCCCCUGCUGAUUUUGUACGUUUGCCCACUGAC